AUGGCAACCUCUGAAAAGCCCAGCAGGGAAAAAAAGGACACCUCCAAGGUGCACAAGCUCUCGCUCCGAGGCAGCGCCAAGCUGGUCGCCGAGUUCUUUCAAUACUCGAUUCAUUCCAUCCUUUACCAGCGCGGCGUCUAUCCGGCCGAGGACUUCACCAUCGUCAAGAAGUACGGGCUGAACAUGCUCGUGUCGUCGGACGACCAGGUCAAGGCCUACAUCAAGAAGAUCAUGUCCGCGCUGGACCGGUGGAUGAAGGACGGCAAGAUCUCCAAGCUGGUGAUCGUCAUCACCAACAAGGACACUAGCGAGCACCUGGAGAGAUGGCAAUUUGACUCAAAAUCCAAAUCCAAAUCGUCCACCAGCAAACCUACACCCGCCGACUCCGAGAACCAGGAAAACUCGGCACCGCCGGGCACCAAUAUCAACACCCUGGCCUCUCAGCCAGCCCCAACCCCCGAAAAGACCGAGGCAGAGAUCCAGUCCGAGAUCGCCGCAAUCUUCCGCCAGAUCACCGCGUCCGUGACUUUCCUUCCGCAGCUGGACGCGGGCGAGUGCACCUUCAAUGUUCUGGUGUACGCGGAUGCAGACUCGGACGUGCCGGUGGAGUGGGGCGACAGCGACGGCAAGGAGAUUGUCGGCGGUGAGAGGGUGCAGCUUCGGGGUUUCAGCACCGCGUAUCAUAACAUCGGCACCACGGUCGACUAUAGAGGUGACUUCUAG